AUGGCAGAUCAACAAGUCAAUUUAAAUACACUCAGUUUAGAACAAUUGGAAAUGGUCAGAGAACAAGUUGAAAAUGAAAUACAAACAUUAUCAGACUCUGCAGCACAAUUAAAGCAUGCAGCCAACAAAUAUAUAGAAGCAAAAGAAGCAAUUGCAGGAUUAAAAGGUGCAGAGGGUAAAGAAAUUCUAGUUCCAUUGACAUCGUCGCUAUACUUGCCAGGAAAGGUACUCAAUAUUUUGUUGAAAUGGUAUGUAUUAUAUACAAUCUAUAAUAACAACAACAAUAAUAAUAAUAAUAACAAUAACAAUGAACUAAUUAUGAUUAUUAUCCAAAAAUGCAAGGGAUUGGAUCAAGGACAAGGAUUUACAAAUAGAAAAGUACAAAUCAUUUCAGAACAAUUAGGAAAAUUACAACAAGCUAUCAAUGUAAAGAGAUCUCAUAUGGAUCAAGUUAUGCAAGUAGCACAACAAAAGAUCACUUUAAUGAGACAACAAGAAAAGAAAUAA